AAACGUCACGACGAGAGAUCAGCACCUCGGACAGCGGCGCCCGUCGAAAUCCAGCAUACACUUGGAAUCUCCCAAAGGAGAACGGAGCAGGGGGCGCGCACGGCAGCGAGACGUUUGUAAAUGAAUCAUUUUGAUUGGGCGAGAGCGCGCCUUGGAAACAAGGGCCGUGUGUUGAUGCGCACGGCAGAACGUCCAUUUCGAGGAUGAAUCAGAGGGGAGCAGCAUCAGCAUCCCCAUCACAUUACGAUCCACGGCAUCAGCCGCUCCGACCGACCGCCAUCGCACCCCGCGGAGGAGGAAAAUAGGCGAACCUAAGCGCGGCGCCUUUUUAUUUUUUCCCUUCUGGAAGCUCCAUCUUCCUUUGAACGUGGCGAGGAACCAUAUCGGCCCGGGAGGGGGAUGGUGAUGGUGAACUUCAAAUGGAGACAAGAUGCUGGCGUUUCCCCCCCCAGCUCUUCAUCCGAUGCCCGCCGUCGUUAUUGCCGUUUUUGAAGCACCAACCUAAUGGAUUGUUCUAAACUCUGCGUUUGGGAUGGGAGGUGGCGUCGGAAUAUGUCGAUGGGAAGAUGCACAAGGAAAUGAUGUGAAAGCUUCGUCAUGACGCCUCUGAUGAACAAUAAACAAAACUAUAGGAUUGCGCCCGAAUCCAGCUUUCAGCUCUUUUGGAUUAUGUUUUUAUGCUGAAGGAUCCCCCCCCCCACCCGACGAUGACUGUGUGUGGCAGCGAUGCUCUGAAAUGCCAUUUUGCAUCUUCCCUGUCUCUCAUCCGCGCGUCCAGGCUGUGGAUUGCUGGGAGUUUGUGAAAAUCGCAUCUCUUUAGACCUGGAAACAAUGCAUUGUUGGCUAUUCAUCGCAAUACCGUAGUCUUAUUAUUGUCAUCCUCGCGGCCAGCGAUGAUUGUAUCAGAGAAACAACAUCGGCCCUAACAGGCACAUACAUGCCAUCAGACGGAAAAUAACAAGCCUGGAGAUUUUCUGACCAAUUACCUUUGGUUUGGACACUUUCCUCUGAGACUUCAGGGUAGCAACUGCGUUUCUGCCGAAUGAAAUAUUAAUAAUAGGCCUAACGGGAUCAAUAAUAAAUCAAAUAAUACUAAUAAAAACAAUAAUGCGUAAAAAACACUAACGCUAUAUAAAAACAACAACAAUAAUAAUUAUCAAGCAUAAUAAUAUUCGUAUAUAUAUAUAUAUAAAUCAAUACUCCUUUCGUAAAAAAAAAAAAAAUUCAAAAAUUCACUUCAGCCAUACGACAUACACAUGUAGUCAAAGAUGUUCAAGAACCGGAUCCGCAUGUUUUUUAACGAACUGAAGGUGCUGGUUUUUAUGCGAUCCGGUUCUAGACGCUCCGACAGUGACGCAGAGCCGAGCAGACGACCCAACAGCAGCAUGAGGGGGCUCGGGAUGGGCGGCUGCGGAUGGCCGCCCUUCGUGGACUGCUCCAGCCGCGACGACGAGGAAGAGUACUACGGGAGCGACCCCAGGCCCAGGAGCCUGGCGUUCGAGGAGAAAGACCCCAAACUGCAGGCGGGCCUGGACGCGGUCAGCCUCACCAGCAGCACGGGCAGCGGCAUGAGAACGCCUCAGUGUCGGAUCUGCUUCCAAGGGCCCGAGCAGGGGGAGCUGUUGAGCCCGUGCCGCUGCGACGGCUCCGUGCGCUGCACCCACCAGCCCUGUCUGAUUCGCUGGAUCAGCGAGAGAGGCUCCUGGAGCUGUGAGCUCUGCUACUUCAAGUACCAGGUCCUGGCCAUCAGCACCAAGAACCCGCUGCAGUGGCAGGCCAUUUCUCUGACGGUGAUUGAGAAGGUGCAGAUCGCCGCCAUUAUCCUGGGCUCACUCUUCCUCAUCGCCAGUAUCUCGUGGCUGGUGUGGUCUUCUCUCAGCCCGUCUGCCAAGUGGCAGCGCCAGGACCUGCUCUUCCAGAUCUGCUACGGCAUGUACGGCUUCAUGGACAUUGUGUGCAUAGGCCUUAUAAUCCACGAGGGCUCAUCGGUGUAUAGAAUCUUCAAGCGAUGGCAGGCUGUGAACCAGCAGUGGAAAGUAUUGAACUAUGAGAAGUCGAAGGACUUGGGAGACCCGGUGAGCUCCAGCAGCAAGGCGGGCGGCCGCGGCUCUCGCAGCAACCCUCACGGCCUGGCCAGCGGCAGCAGGGGGGGCCAGCGAGUGCGGCGGUUAAGGACUAUCCUCAACCACCACUGCGGUUACACCAUCCUCCACAUCCUCAGCCAGCUGCGGCCCAGCGACACGCGGCUCGGCACCGCCACCAACCGCGAGGUGGUCAUGCGGGUCACGACCGUAUGAGGUCGCCCCCCGGAGCGAGAGAAGACGCGUUUUCUGCCUUCUCCUGCAAAAGACGGCGUCACGAUGCCAGGACGAACGCGUUUUUUUUUCCUUGGUGACGACGUUUCGGACAGACAGGAGCGCGCACGGGACAUUGGCGCCAGCCGUUUCUAUCGGCGAGACUCUCUCAUGAUCCUAGCACACUAUUGCAUUUUUAAGUUCGAUUUCCUCGCUGGUGUUGUUUUUUUAUCGAUGCGGUUUUUAAAAACGUUUUGAUUUUCUAAGGGAGAAUGGUACAUGGAGCAACACCGACGUGUGAUGUAUAUGGUGACUCAUGUGGACCUAUCGUUGUAAAUGAUGUUUACGGAUGCUUCUGACGCAGCAAGAAAGCCAACCAUAACCAAACGAUCACGACACAAUAACCAGGGAAAAAACGAGAUACGAAUUGUUACAUACUAAAAUAUAUCAAAGGGGAGGGUGCAAUAAGACAUAAUAAGAUUAUACAGAGAACAAAAAGACGUAAACGUUUGAAAAGAAUUUGAUCUUCUCUGCAAUAAAGAUACCUGUACAUUUUACAGUGACCUUUGCAUGAGGGUAGAGUUUUAUGCCUCCUCGACACAUGGACAUGAUGAAUUUGUUUUAUUCAGAAUGGUGCUCGUUUGAAUAAACACUACUAUUCA